AUGGUCAACAUGGAAGACGAGACGAGCAACCCUACCGCUGACGAGGUGAAGGAGGAAUUGCUUGACGAACAACAACAAGAUGAAGGAGAAGGGAAAGAGCAAAAUGAGGAGAAUGGUCAAGAGAAAAAUGACAAUGAUCAGGAGAAAGAUGAAACCACGCAGGAAGAGUCAUCAAAGGAUUCCGUAGAUGGCAAAAAGUUGCCGCAGACGAAUUACGUUCGACUUCGUGGCCUCCCCUAUUCUGCUAAGGAGAGUGACAUCCGCGAGUUCUUUGAAGGUAUCGAGGUCACGACGAUCACGAUGAGCAGCAGCCACAACGGUCGACCUAGUGGAGAGUGUUACUGUGAGCUCCCAUCGAACAAAGAUGCACUCAAGGCUUUGGAUCUUCACAGGAAGGAAAUGGAAGGGAGAUAUAUCGAAGGUAGGUUCAAUGUAGCUGUCCACUACCCGACCAUCAGUGAUAAAUUGAGAAUCUUUUCAUUCGAGUUUUCGAUUGCAGUUUUCACGGUGUCCAAUGAUGAGCUCACCAACUUGAAGCGCGUAGGAAUCGUCUCUGAUGAUGGGAAAGUGAUUCGCUGUCGCGGAUUGCCAUUUUCUGCUACCACACAAGAUGUGAAGGACUUCUUCAAAGGUGCGUCAAUUUAUUCGCUUUACAUAAUUAUAGAAAAACAGUGUUGCGGAAGGGAGUCGGGUCACGGUGCCUCUAUUCCCGGAGUCCCUCAACACAGGCUAACCUGUGAAGAGGUGGUAUUCGGGCGUACGGGAGGGCGACCUAGCGGGGAAGCUUUCGUGCGACUUGCAUCCAGGGAAGAAGCCGUCAAAGCUCUCGAUUUCAACAAGCAACAUAUGGGAAGCAGGUAUGUUGAAGUGUUCCGAACCACUGUGGACGACAUGGAGCGAAAUCGCCCUCGCAACUAUGAUGGUGGCUACAUACGUCCACUGUUCGAUUCGAGGGACUAUAUUUCUCGCUCUCCGCGUGGCAUGAGAGGGAUGCGUUCGGCUCCUUAUGACAUCCCACGUGGAGGAUAUGGAAGAUACGAUGAUUACGACGAUUUCGUGCCGCCAACGAAGGUUUUCAUGCGGGGUCUUCCAUUCGACGCGGAUGCUUUCAUGAUUGAGCAGUUUUUCGCACCUCUUCGUUGCAUUGAAAUAAGCUUGGGAUUUAACGAGGAUCGUCGUCCCUCCGGAGAUGCUGUGGUGGAGUUUGGUACAACCGCUGAAGCACAUGAGGCCUUUUCAAGAAACAAGGCGAUGAUGGGGAAGAGGUAUAGUUUGAAGUUUUUUGAAGGGUGGAUGUUCCGCCAGAAGUUAUCGUAUGUGGAAUUGUUUGGCUCAAACGACAUGCCACACACAAUGAGAAGGUUGACAUGGCGUGUUGUUGGUGGACAACCUGCUCCGAGGCCGUUGGCUCUCGUCCCCCCUAGAGAUCUCGGAUAUGGUGAUAUGGGAUACGGCGGCUACGGUGGUAUGCGUGGAGGCGGUGGAUAUGGCCGUGGAUAUGAACCAGGACCUGGCCCGUUCCGAGGUUAUGGAGGCGGUGGUCUUGGUGGAGGUGGCCCGAGGUCGCGUGAUAGACGCAGUGGAGUUUGGUGA